UGUUUGAAAAGGGUACUGAAACAGCAGGCAGCUCAACCUUUCUUAACCCUUCCUAACGACAUCUCUCUCUUGCUGCUUUGCAACUAGAUCGGCGCCGCAGGAGAGGAGCUCAAAUCCAGCUGUUGUUCUCGGAGCCAGCUCAAACCGCUGAGGAGACCUCGCUGAAUCCCCGGAUUUCUGAUCGUGGUGCUCUGGAACCCUCAGUGCUAUGCUCUCCUACCACAUGCUGACUAUAAGGCAUCCAUCCAAGUGGAUGCUUGCUCCUCUCUUCCUCUUACUGGCUGAGCUCAGCUCCAGCUUCCAACCCACCUACCAAUGGAAGGAUGCUAUGACGAAUGAAAAAAUUACUUGCCAGCAGUGCCCUCCAGGGACCUUCGUGGCACAGCACUGCACCAGAGAGAGAGAGACGGUGUGCGAGCCCUGCCCGGAUUUGCACUACACGCAUUACUGGAACUACCUGGAGAAGUGCCGGUACUGUAAUGUCAUCUGUGAGGAGAAGCAGGUAGAAGUGCAGCAGUGCAAUUCCACCCACAACAGAGUAUGUCAGUGCCGGGAGGGCUAUUAUUCAGAAAUGGAGUUCUGCAUCAGGCACUCCGAGUGUCCUCCUGGCUCCGGCGUAUUUAAACUGGGUACCUCCUUCGAGAACACCCAGUGUCGUCCCUGCCCCCGGGGAUUCUUCUCUUCCUCCAACUCCAGCACCAAGCCAUGCCAGGCCCACCAGGACUGCUCGCAGCAGGGGAAGAUGACCAACGUCCAAGGAAAUCAGUACCACGACACGCUCUGCACCUCCUGUGGAAUGGGGAGAGGCAACAGCACGCAGGGACCAGCUCUAGAAGAAGAGGACUGUGAACAAGCCGUGAUAGACUUUGUGGCUUACCAGAACAUCCCCGUGAGAAAGCUGAAGCGCCUGCAGCAGAUCCUCGAGCACGCGCCGCGGAAGCACGUGCCGGGGAGCAGGGCAGCCAUCCAGGAGAAGUUCAGGGCUUACCUCAUCCAGCUGAAAGAGGGCCACUACGAAGUCACCAGGGAGCUGCUGGAUGCACUGCGAGCCACCAAGCUGCACUCAAUCGAGGAGAAGGUCCGGGAACGCUUCCUCUUGUACUGAGAACAUGAACUGAACUUUUCAGGUUUCGGGGGGUUUUGUGUUGUGUGUGUGCGCGUGACAGAGAGAGUGUGUAUGUGGUUUUUUUUUUUUUUCUUCACUGUGGCUUCAUUAAUUUAUUACUCCUUCAAAAACUAACUUGAAAUGCACCACGGAGAAGAUGAAUGAUGGGUCAGAGUUGCACUGUGCUCUGUGGCUGUUAGUCCUGGUCUGCGUGCAGGUGUGUAUCACUCUCUGUAACUGCCUCAGGUGAACCUUGGUUUGCUGUAAACAGUAGUGUGUCUGGGCAAGGAGCCGUCAUGUGUGCGUGGAGCUCACGGAGAUCCUGGGCCACCUCUGGGCGCUGGCUGUUUUAUUUUCUGGCGCUCAGUACAGGUCAAUAGUUUAUCAGAAGGGAAACACACGACCAAGGUCAUUUUUCUGGGGAAGGACCCUGUUCCCC